CGACAGCGGCCACGCGUCCCCGCCCGCGUGCGUAUAUCUAGUUGCUGAUCGCCCUGCGUUCCCUGUGACAGCGGACUGCUAUUGAAUUUGUUCUUUUGUAGCGUGCAGAACCCCUUUCCACUGAGAUCACCAGGUCAGUCAGGGACCAUGGCGACCACCACCACCACCUCUACCGCUCCUGAGCUCGUCUCCAACAAGGAGGCUGCUGGCGUCGCCGCAGCCCCUUCGCGCGCAUCCGAGAGCAGCGAUGACAGCCAUGCCAAGGUCAGCUACAAGUCGCCUGGUGUCAUCCGCGUCGAGGCCCUCACCUCGGUCAUGACGACGGUGGACCGCUGGUUCGUCUUCUUCAGCGUCUUCCUCGUCGCCUACGCCUACGGCCUCGACGGCACGCUGCGCUACACGUACCAGAACUACGCCACAGCCGAGUUUGAAGACCACUCGCUGCUCUCGUCGGUCAACGUCCUGCGCGCCGUCAUCGCCGCCGCAGCGCAGCCCACCGCGGGCAAGAUCGCCGACGUCUUUGGUCGCGUUGAGCUUGUGUGCAUCUCAGUGGUCUUCUACAUUGUUGGCACCAUCGUUCAGACCGUGGCCACCGACAUUCAGACGUUCGCAGGUGGUGCUGUCAUCUAUCAGGUCGGCUACACCAUGGUGAUCCUGCUCGUCGAGGUCAUUAUUGCCGACAUUACAUCCACUCGCGCCCGUCUACUGUUCAGCUAUAUCCCCGCUCUGCCCUUCAUCAUCAACACUUGGGUGAGCGGCGAUAUUGCUACGGCCGUCCUUGCCGGGACCACCUGGCGCUGGGGCAUCGGUAUGUGGUGCAUCAUCUACACCGCCUGCGCUCUGCCCCUGAUCAUCACGCUCUCUAUCAUUGGCCGCCGUGCUCGCAAGGCUGGCAAGCUGGACGGCUAUCGCUCGCUGUACUCGCAGCUCGGCCUGCAGGGCCUCGUCGUCGACCUCUUCUGGCGCCUCGACAUCAUCGGCAUCAUCCUCAUGAUCGCCGUAUUCGCCCUGAUCCUCGUCCCUCUCACCAUCGCCGGCGGCUUCGAGGCCUCGUGGUCGUCGCCUCAGGUCGUCGCUCCGCUCGUUAUUGGUGUCGUCUGCAUACCGGUCUUCGUCAUCUGGGAGAUGAAGGCUAAACACCCGCUCGUGCCCUUUGCCCUCAUGCACGACCGCGCCGUCUGGGCCCCGAUGGGCAUCGCCCUGCUCCUCAAUUUUGCUUGGUAUAUGCAGGGAGACUACCUCUACACGAUGCUGAUCGUGGCCUUCGAUUUUAGCAUCACCGCCGCCACCCGCGUCUCCUCACUGUACUCGUUCGUCAGCGUCAUCACAGGUUUCAUCCUGGGCUUCAUCGUGUUCCGCGUUCGCCGGCUCAAGGUCUUCAUCGUCGCCGGCACGGCCCUGUUCAUGGUAGCCUUCGGUCUGCUGAUCCACUACCGGGGCGACCCCAACCCGUCGGGCCAGGCGGGCGUGAUCGGCGCCGAGGUCCUCCUGGGCAUCGCGGGCGGCAUGUUCCCCUACCCAGCACAAGCCAGUCUGCAGGUCGGCCUCAAGCACGAGAACCUCGCCGUCAUGACGGGCCUGUACCUCGCCACGUACAACAUCGGCUCCGCGCUGGGCAACGCCGUCUCGGGCGCCAUCUGGACCCAGGUCCUGCCCGGCGCGCUGAGCUACGAGCUGAGCCUGGUCACGAGCAAUGCCACGCUCGCCGUCACUACUUUCGGCGACCCGUUCACCGCCGUGGCCAUGUUCCCCGUCGGCACGCCCGAGCGCGGCGCCAUCAUCGCCGCGUACCAGGGCACGCAGAAGCUGCUGUGCAUCGCGGGCAUCUGCCUGUGUAUCCCGCUCAUCGGGUUCGCCGCGGCGCUGCGCAACCCGCGGCUGUCGGACGAGCAGAACCUGAGCGGCGAGGGUGGCGACGAGAAGGACCGGGCGCCGGCUGCUGCUGCUGCUGCUGCUGGCGGCGUUAGUGCCUAGACGAGUGUAAAGGGGUGACGCGAGAUUUGCAGAGGGCAUGCUGUAUUCCUAUUAUGCUUGGAGGAGUCGAAGUCAAGAGUAGGC